AUGAAGAACAAAAGUGGUCGCCGAAGACGCAAUCAAAAUGCGCACCAAAAAACAACUCGAAACAAAGCCGCUGCUGGCGAUGGGAACGAAGACAUGCUUAGCAAGCUGCCCAACGACCUUUUGCUCAACAUUUUGGAGAGGGUGGACACGCUAGACGCGAUAAGGACCUGCGUCCUAUCCAAGCAAAUGCUGAAGCUCCCCACCAUGUUCUCUCGGUUCUUCCUAAGUGUCAGUUCCAUUCCAGCCUACCAUGACAAAGCUCGUGUGUCCAGCCUCAGCGUCAGCGACAUGCUCCGAACCAACAGUGCUCUGGCUCAUGUAACGGAUAACAUCUUGAGCACAAGGAGCACGGAGGUCGCCAUCAGCAAACUCAAAAUCAGAUUCAUUCUGAUGCAGCGUGACUCCUUAGUCAUUGGCAACUCUGUUGCCCGCGCCAUGGCAACCCAGAAGGUUGAUGCAACCGAGUUUGAGAUUGUGACAGAGAAGGCUUAUAAGAUCUGCUCUUCUGAUGAUCUCCUCCAGUACGGGAAGCAAUUCAAUGAUUUUAUCGGUGCUUGUCCGGAUGCAUUUGCCGGCCUUAGGUGCCUCUGGCUGCGUAAUAUGAGGUUUGGUGAACUAGACAUCCCCAACAUCCUGAGCACUUGCAAGCUCUAG